AUGUAUCCCUCUGGGGAUGACCACAUUCCACUGAUUUCUCCAUCCGGGAAAUAUAUAUUCCGCCUUUAUUUCAAUGGUUGUUACCGAAAGGUCGUCAUUGAUGAUAUGCUUCCUGCUUCAAAAACUUUGCGAUCUCUCCACGUCAUAGAUAGGAAUAACCCUACCGCGAUAUGGCCUGCACUGGUUGAGAAAGUAUACCUAAAAGUAAGGGGUGGCUACGACUUCCCCGGAAGCAACUCUGGGACCGACUUAUGGAUUCUAACUGGCUGGAUUCCCGAACAAGUCUUCUUGCACCAUGACGAAUUGGCCCCGGACUACUUAUGGCAGCGUCUUACUAAGUUUUUCAAGUCGAGUGACAUUUUACUAACACUGGGCACUGGGAAACUCACAGAGUACGAAGAAAAUGAGCUUGGCCUUAUAAGCUUGCAUGAUUACGCCGUGCUAAACUUGCAAGAAAAGGACAGCAUUCGCCAGUUGCUAAUCAAAAAUCCAUGGGCCGCUGGGCCUGUUUGGAAAGGAGUAGGCCAGCUUAGAGCAAGCUAUGCUCUAAAUGAAGCCGUCUCUGAACCUGUACCAUCACACCCCUCAACCACGGCCCCUGGCACAUUCUGGAUGACAUAUGAUGAUGUUCUCCAAAAUUUCGAUAACCUGUAUCUCAAUUGGAAUCCCACUCUAUUCCGCCACCGUCAAGAUAUUCAUUUUCGUUGGGAUCUGUCUUUAGCGAGCAUUGUUCCAGGAUGUUUCGCUGAAAACCCCCAGUUUGCCGUUUCUACCAAGGCCGGAGGAACAGUAUGGCUCCUGCUGGGUAAACAUUUCAAGACCGGAGAUUAUAAAAGCAACACAAACCAGCUCCUAGAAGUGGCUUCGGACGUUGAUGAAGCUGAGUUUAUCAGCCUUUAUGUGUUUGACAAGAAUGGAACUCGGGUUUAUCUGGCAGACGGUGCCCUACGACGUGGCCCGUACGUGGAUUCGCCAAACACGGUUAUGAGGUUAGAGAUGCUGCCUAAUUCCACAUAUACCGCUGUAGUGUCUGAGCAAUCUCUCCAGAGAUCGCUAUACAGUUUCUCUCUUUCCGCCCUUGCAAUGUCUCCAAUAACCAUCAGCCCCGUGAAGGAAAUAUAUUCAUACGUUAAAAAGCUACCAGGGUCUUGGACUAUAUCCACAGCCGGUGGUAAUGCUGAAUCCGAGAGAUACCCUGAAAAUCCCCAGUUUCAGCUGCAGGUACUCGAGAAAUGUGAUAUUAAUGUCCUUCUCGAGGCGGAUGAUCCUGGUCUCGCGGCCCAUGUGAGUGUUAUCUGGUCGAAGGGGGGCCGAGUGGCCUGUGUUCGCUCACGGGAUAUUGUGGUUGGCAGCGGCGAUUAUCGCCGUGGCUGCGCGUUGGCUGAGAAGAGUGACGUCGCAAGAGGGCUAUACACCAUUGUCUGCUCGACAUUUUCCCCAGACCAGUUGGGAAAAUUCACCUUGUGCGUUUCCACGACCCGACCCUGCUCGAUCAAACCACUGCCGGCAGAAGGAGCAGGACGCCUGGUCAUGAAUUCUGGCAUUGGAAUAUUCCCGCCUGGAACGGACCGAAUCUUAGCUCCAAUCACCACCCCUCGCCUGGCGAGGCUGAAGUUGAUAUGCAGACGCCGUGGGUCAUCGAUCGGAGACCGCAACGCCGCGCCUUCUCCCAUUCUCAUGACGCUAGAACUUGGACAAGGGCCAUACAAAGAAAUACUCGCUGGAUCUGGAGAUGGGAACUUUAGUGAUGACGUGAGGGGUGCUCGUAUUGAAGCAGUCGAUUUACAGCCAGAGUUUGAACAGAGAGGAGGGAUAUGGCUUGUUGUUGAACGCAUUGGCGGGCCAGGUGGCCAGGUUGAAGACCGUGUUGAGGUGGAGAUUCUCUCAGAGGAGCGAAUAGGUAUAGGCUCAUGGGGGGUUGGAGAUGGGUGA